AUGUCCACAAUUAAGGGAGGCCACGAGCAGUCACAAACUCGCAACUCGCAACCCCUUGAAUAUUCAGGCAGCUUGGACUCAUAUUCCCAUAAUGAUCUAACUCCUGUCAUUGGCACAGAAUACAAAGGACUACAAGUGGCAGAUAUUCUAAAAUCGGAGCAAUGUGACCAACUCAUUAAGGAUCUUGCCGUCACCAUAUCGAGACGAGGCGUGGUCUUCCUACGUGAUCAAGAUUUGACGCCACAGCAGAUGCAGGCAUUCGGGGAGAAAUUAAGUGUGAUAGCAGGAUGCCCAGAAUCAUCGGGCUUACACGUUCAUCCCUUGACUGAAAGUGGAAGCGAGCUGGGUGACCAAAUCAGUGUCAUUAGCAGCGAGAAGCAGAAGAAGGGCGGUGGUCUCACCCAUCAACUCAGUGACACAAGCCGCUUUGCUUCAGCGGGAUGGCAUUCCGAUAUUAGCUUUGAACGUGUGCCCUCUGACUACGCAAUGCUCAAGAUUCACACUCUCCCAGAGACGGGAGGAGACACAUUAUGGGCGUCAGGGUACGAAGUGUACGACCGUCUCUCGCCGGAGAUGGCAAGAUUCUUAGAGGGCUUGACAGCCACACACGAUGCAAAAUUCUUUCACGAAGAGGCACGGCGGUUGGGAAAUCCGUUGCGAGAUGGAAUUCGUGGCUCGCCUCUCAAUCAGGGCGACGAGCUCGAGGCAACACAUCCCGUCAUCAGAACUAACCCGGUGACGGGCUGGAAAUCUGUUUAUGUGAACAAAGGAUUCACUAAGCGUAUUCAAGGUGUGACCAAAGAUGAAUCGGAUAUAUUGCUGGCGUAUCUGUUCAAUUUGGUGACUCAAAACCACGACGCCCAGGUUCGCUUCAAGUGGAGUGAGAAUGAUUUAGCGAUCUGGGAUAACCGUUCUACGUGGCAUUGCGCCACAUAUGACUAUGUAGAGGCUCGAGCUGGUGACCGAGUCUGCAGUCUGGGAGAGGCACCUUAUCUGGACCCUCAGUCGAAGUCUAGGAGAUCCGAUCUGGUAAAAGCUUGA